UGGAACUGUCUUCGAGGAGAAGAAGAAGGAAUCGUACAAGAAAAUUUCUUAAACUCCUCUCCCAAUUUUGUUUUGUUUUGUUUUGUUUCCUUGUUUUCGCCGAACUCUUCUUCCAAUUGUUCCGCGACACGUAACGUCCACGUCCCAAAUAUAGGCCGGGUCUCAACGGCCGAGCUCCAAGCUUGUGGGUACUUCGCUGAUUACUGGCAUAUUCAUCCCGCACCGUGACAAUCGCCUUUCAGCCUUUCUCUAGGGUUACCCCGUUUAUCUCAGAUCCCUUUUUCUCUCCCCGCCGUCCUAUGACUCCGCCAGAUCGCCACUUCCUCCGUUCCUAUCUCCUCCGGAACUCCCCCGAUGCCUCCGCCGCCCCCUCCAGGCGCCGCAUCUGGUGGCCCGCCGCCGCUUCGGCGGUUCUCCUCUUCGUCAUCGUCUGCUCCACCAGCGGCGGGCGCUGGGCGGAGGAGGGGCAGAAGGGGAUUGGGAUGACAAGGUGGGGUCGCGCUCGCGCAGGGGGGCCCGAUGCGGUCGAGUCGGAGGUGGGCGUGGUGGCGGCGGAUGACUGGCGAUGCUCGGAGAUCGGCGCCGCCGCGCUGAGGGUGGGAGGCCACGCGGUGGACUCGGCCAUCGCAGCGGCGCUGUGCCUCGGGGUGGUUCAUCCGAUGUCGAGCGGAAUCGGCGGCGGAGCCUUCAUCGUGGUCAGGUCGGCGGCGUCCGGCGACGCCGAGGCCAUCGAUUCACGGGAGACGGCCCCUUCCUCGGCAUACACGAACAUGUAUGAAGCUAAUCCAUCAUCCAAGUCUAAGGGAGCUCUCUCAAUGGGAAUCCCUGGAGAGCUUGCUGGCCUCCACACAGCCUGGUUGAGGUACGGAAGACUUCCAUGGAAGUCUCUCUUCCAACCAUCCAUUAGUCUUGCAAGAGAUGGAUUUGCUGUGGUGCCUUGUCUAGCAAAUGCAAUCAAGAAAAGUGGGGAUGCAAUACUAGCAGACCCUGGGUUGCGGGAAGUCCUUGCGCCUAAUGGGAAAUUACUCCAGACAAAUGACGUCUGCUACAAUCCUGCACUUGCCCACACAUUGGAAGUGAUUGCCACUGAGGGGGCUCAUGCAUUCUAUAAUGGAAGCAUUGGUGAAAAGUUUAUCAAGGACGUGAGAAGUGCUGGUGGAAUCGCAACCAUGGAUGAUUUGGAGAAAUAUGAAGUGAAGGUUACAAAGGCAAUGGCGGUGGAAGCUAUGGGAUAUACAAUACUGGGCAUGCCCCCACCUUCUAGUGGAAUUGUGGGAAUGUCUCUGGUUCUUAAUAUUUUAGGGAGCUACAAGUCACUUGAAGGUGUGAAGGGUUUGCUUGGUCUCCAUCGCUUCAUUGAGGCAUUGAAGCACAUGUUUGCUGCACGAAUGAAUCUUGGAGAUCCUGCUUUUGUUAAUGUCAAUGAGUAUGUUUCCGAAAUGCUUUCUCCAUCGUUUGCUCAGAAACUUCAGCAAAAGAUAGUAGACAAUACUACCUUUGAGCCAUCCUACUAUCUUGCUAGAUGGAGCCAAUUAAGAGAUCAUGGGACAAGCCACUUGUGUGUAGUGGAUGCUGAUCGAAAUGCAGUUUCCCUGACGAGCACAGUCAAUUGGUUCUUUGGAGCAAAGGUUUUGUCACCAUCCACAGGGGUUGUGCUAAACAAUGAGAUGGAUGACUUCUGUAUACCAACAGAAGUAACUCCUGAUCAUCUUCCACCAGCACCGACAAACUUUAUAGAGCCUGGAAAGAGACCACUCUCUUCUAUGACACCUAUUAUUGUCCUUAAGGACAAUCAACUUGCAGGAGUCGUGGGGGCAAGUGGUGGAUUAAAUAUUAUUCCAGCCGUACUCCAGGUCUUCUUGAACCACUUCAUUCUGGAGAUGGAUCCCCUAAAAGCUGUUCAGCAUCCAAGGCUCUUCCACAAGCUCAUCCCAAAUGAAGUGCUCUAUGAGAAUUUCACCGCAAGCGAUGGCGAGCGCUUUGAGUUGGCAGAGGAUGCAAAACUGUUCCUAGAGGGAAGGGGUCAUGCCAUGCAUGGCUUUGCCAACGGUGCUGUUACCCAAUUUGUCGUUCAUAACAUUCAGGAACCGUUCAUGAGCUUGCAUCGAAGAAUUAAAAACAACAUCAUCCAUGGGAUGCUCAUCGCCGUCAGUGAUCCUCGCAAAGAUGGAAGUCCUGCGGGUGUUUGAAGAAGCCAACAGCUUUAAGUAUAUCUGUUCAUUAAUGUCUGUAAUUUGCCCUGGAAGAAGCAGGAACCUUUUAAACUUAUUUUGUCAAUGUGCAUUCGCUCUUGCUGUAAGCUGCAACAAUUUGGCCGUUUAAAGGUGCUUAGUCAAAUUGUACAAGUAAAGAUUAUCAAUUUGGUGGGACAAGAAAUACACGCAGCCUUGCUUCACUUCAUUUGAAGAGAUUUGGCAAAUGAAGUAA